AUGGGAGUUGAAGUCGGCCAGAGAGUUUCGAUCCCGUCGAAAGACGUCGGGAACGGAACCGUCGCCUUCGUGGGAGAGACUGAAUUCGCCAAAGGAGUCUGGAUUGGAAUCAUUCUUGAUGAACAAAAAGGCAAAAACAACGGUUCUAUCCAAGGAACGACUUAUUUCACUUGCGAACCAAACUAUGGCAUGUUCGUUCGAGAACAGCUGGUUGCCCCGCCCAGCGAUGGGGCAAGCGCAGUGAAAACCGCGCCGACUCCUUCAGCCGGAGCAAUGAAGCCCCCUUCUCGUCCUGCCAGUCGUCUCUCAAUGAUGGCAGAAAAGCGAAAAUCACUAGCACCGAAAGCAUCAACGCCAAAGAUUUCACGCGAUCCAUCAUUGGAAAAGAAAGCUGCAGCUAAAGCUGCUUCCCCUCCAAAAGAAUCUCCGCCAAAACCAGCUCCAGAGAAGCAACCAUCUCCAGCAAAAGAACCAGCGCCAGUGGAAGCUCCAAAGCUGCAAGCCUCGCCGCCUAAAUCAUCAUCAAUUCAAAGCCUCCAGGAAAUCACGGAGCAACAAAACAAAAUCGCCGAACUUGAGAAAGAGAACGCCGAGCUCCAGGCUUCGGUGAAAGAUUGGAAAGACAAGACCGAUCUGCUCGUUGCGAAAAGACGGCAAGAUAGGGAAGCGUUGAAGGAUGCGGAGAGGAACAGGAUUCAACUGCAGUCUUUUGAAGAAUUCAAAGUCCGUAUCAUGGAGCAAAACAAAGAAAAGCUCCGUGAACUCGACUCAAUGCGCAAAUCAAAGGAAGAACUCCAAGCCGAAUUCGACCAGUUCCGCGAAGACAUGGCCGAAAGCAGUGAAACGAUAGAAAUGCUCACGCUGGACAAGGAAAUGGCGGAAGAAGCCGCGGAAAUUGCGAGAAGCGAGGUGGAGGAUAUGAAGAUUCGACUGGAAGAGGCCGAGACGGAUUUGGAGCUGCUGAGGGCGGAAGCGGAAUCAGCGAAUGAAACCGUUUCAGGGGACGGAGAAAGCGUCACUCCCCUUCAACUGAGAAUCAAGGACGAUGAAAUCCAGCGACUAAAAGAUGCCAUCGUCAAAAUCCGCGAUUUGAAUGCGGAAGAAAAGCAAGCGGCUGCCCGAGCUCUGAAACAGUCCAAAUCUGAUCAAGAAGAACUUGCGCUGGCAAAGAAACUGCAGCAGAAAUUUGAAGAUGCGAAUAAAGCACUCCAGGAAGAGUUGAUAGAGCUAAAAGAGCAGGUCGAUUUGGCGCUUGGGUCGGAAGAGAUGGUUGAAAACUUGACGAUAAGAGUUUUGGACUUGGAAGAAAAGCUACAAGAGGAAAAAGAACGGGCGGACGACCUUGAAGAGCUGCACGAACUAGACGCGGAAAUGGGCGAAGUGGCGAGAGAAAAGGAACUCGAGUUGCGGGAAGAAAACGACAUAAUCAACAGUCGACUUCGGGACGCAACGCGGCUUUUGGAAGCUGAAAGAGCGCAUUCUAUCGACCUGCAGGAGACGAUCAAGAAGUUUAGACACGCGGUUACCGUGCAGAAAGAUGAAAUUGAGCAAUACAAGGAACAAUCAUCACGAGGCGAGGGAGACGGGCAAGCCGAGGUUUCAUACACAACCGAAGCAACCGCUGCUGUUUUGACUGAGCGCGUCCUCGAGCGUCGCCACCACUCAACACAAGUCGAGCUUGAUCUUCGCAAGCUGGAAAGUGAUUUGCUCGCUGCUCACGUGAACAUGCUCCAAAUGUUCCUCCCCCAUGGGUUCAAGACGCGAGGAGGCGACGCAGAUGGGGUCAAGAUUGAGCUGCUUAUUCGAAGGCUUAGUGCAAAAGCGCGCAUUAUCCAAACAGAGGUGAUGGACAAGUUCGAUUUGGAAGGAGCAACUGGCGAUCCAGCGCAGACGGAGACGGAUAUUUGGGCAGCGGAGCUCGUUGAUAUCCUCGAGACGCUGAGAGGAUACACUGAAACUUUCACGGGGAUCCUUCAUGACUGUUCAAUCGACACUUGGAAACGCGUGGCGACCCUUUAUCACGAGCUCGUCCCACACGAAGCCGUCCUGGACUAUUUUAUCGAUCUAGUCAGACGCGACGCCCUUGACGAGACAAUUUCGCUGCUCAAUCUUCAGAAGAGUCUUGGCUUCAUCGCCCACGUCCACGGAGUUCACUUUGCUCGUGAGCAAGAUGACGCCGCUGGCUUCAUCCUCCGACUUUCCCGAAGAGGUCUUACUCUUUCGAACCGUCUUGGAGUGACUACGGCACGACUACAGAACUUAGUUCUCCCUGGCCAGGAGCUCUCCGACCCAGCAAAAUUGCUAACAGACAUAAUCGCGCGACUCCCAUCCCUUCGCCAAACCUUCCGAAGAAUUCAGCGACUUUCUCCAGACGAGAAACAUGGUGUCAUGGAUCAAGAUCAGCGCUCGUCUGCUCGUGACGCGAUCCACCAGAUUUCAAUCAUUUCUGAGUUCCUUCAGUAUUGGGCGAAUACGACGCACUCGCAAGCGAUUAACUUGGAGCAAAAGCAUCUUCCGGAGAAGCAGCUUCACGAUGCUAGUAUUCAAGCGUGUAAUAAGGUUUAUGGACCAGGCAACGAGGGGUUAGCAUCAGUGAAGGGAUCAAUCCAAAGCUCUUUCCAAUGCAUCGCCAAAAUCAACUCCCGACUUCAAGAGGGCGAUUUCCACGUGAACAAAGCUGCUGAGUCUCUUGAGCCGGCUGUAAAACGACGAGCUGCAGAGAUAUCUACACAAUCGCCAGAAGAACUCCAAUUGCACAUGGAAGAUAAAGAUACAGUCAUCAAAGAACUGAAACAAGCUCUGAGGAUCAAAAGCGAUGAAACAGAGCAAUUACAGCUCAAAGCCGACAUGCUCGAGUCGCGAUCGUCAAGGGCUAAUAUGAAAUCUGAGGAAGCAUCAAGAAAGUUGGAAAAUGAGCUCAAGGAGACCAAGGAGCUUUUACUGAAGAAAGAAAAGGAGUUUGAGAAAACUUGUGAAACAUACAGGGCCGAGUUGACUUCUGUCAAAGACGAGAAAAACAACCUCCAGUCGCAAAGAAAGAACUGGCUCUCGCAGAACAAGUCGAAUAUGAUUGAGCGUCUUGGAUUCUCCUCGCCGAAAUCGCCGACGAUUACUUCAGCUUCCGUCAACGACUCCCCUCUUCUUGCUGAGCAGAUUCUCUCGCUUUCAAGAUCUGUGAGCUGUCUUCAAAAGAAACUUGCGCGAUCGGAGGGCAGGUCCUUAUCGAAACGAGUGUCUACAUUGCAGCCACUUCCAAAACUCAACAUCAACUCACCCGAUCUCGUGGAUCUUUCCCACAAAAUCGAGUCCGCCGCCGCUCCUCUCCUCCGCCCAGUAUCUUUAGUCAAAGUUGGCCAACCCCAACCAGCCAUGCUUCGUCUUGCCGGUGACCUUGCCCAGCGAGCCAAGAGCGCAAAAGUCCUUCCAAGUCUUGAAUCCGAGCUGAGAAAUGCCAUUGCAAAGGCUGAUGGAGCUACGGUCAAGACAAAGACAGGGCAGGAAUUCCCGACAAAGAUUUUCAAUCAGGCGUGGGACGGCAAGGGCUCUUUAUCUGCAGAAAUCCUCAGUUCAAAGCCCGACGCGCCUAUGAAGAAUAUCUUCCUCGACGAUGAUCAAUUCAGGUCGUUUUCGCAACUUCUUCAGCCAGCAUUUUAA